AUGCUUCCCGAAUCAGCAAAAUUCAUUGGAAAUAUUCUAUCGUGGACUUUGCGAGCUGGAUGUGCCACUCAUUUAUUCAAUGAAUAUGUUUACGAGUUUACAGAAACGAAAGGUGAAUCAAUGCUCCCCACUUUACAAGCGCAACAUGACUUUGUUCACGCCUUGAAAAAACACAGAUUAGGUCGAGAUGUAGAGAUCGGUGAUCUAGUUGUUGCACUUAAACCUUCAGAUCCCGACCAUCGGAUCUGUAAAAGAAUAACGGGAAUGCCGGGAGAUGUUAUAUUGGUGGAUCCUUCUAGCUCCUCGCAAAUAACCAAUUCACCCAACUUGUGCAUCGAGCAUGAUGGAUUCAACAAAUACGUGGAAGUGCCGGAGGGUCAUGUAUGGGUUACAGGUGAUAACUUAAGUCAUUCACUAGAUUCACGUUCCUACUCGUGGCUACCGAUGGCGCUCAUCAAAGGGAAAAUUGUGGCAGUCAAUUCUAUGGACAAACUGCUUUGGGAUGACGAUGGAAAACUUUGGUUCUACAACUUCCGAUGGAUCGAUAACACAUUUGUUGAUGAGCUAUGA